AUGGGUCUCUUCCUCGCGCUAUCUCCUCUCGCCGUCGUGAGGGUCCGGCAUCUCCGCGGGUUCUACAGGCGGUUCAUCAAGGACUUCUCCAAGAUCACCAGACCUUUGACGCUGUUGUGUAAGGAGGUCAAGUUCGACUUUGACAGUACAUGUUUGGAGGCCUUUCACACGAUCAAGGGAGCUCUGGUGAGUGCUCCAAUUGUCCAACCUCCUGACUGGAGCCUUCCUUUCGAGGUGAUGACAGAUGCUAGUGACUAUGCUGUCGGAGCGGUUCUGGGCCAGAGAAAGGAGAAGAAGCUGCACGUGAUCUACUACGCCAGUCGCACACUUGAUGAAGCUCAGUGCAAGUACGCUACGACUGAGAAGGAACUAUUGGCGGUGGUGUUUGCAUUUGAGAAGUUUCGGUCCUAUCUUGUUGGAUCGAAGGAGUUCGAUCUGGAGAUCAAGGAUAAGAAAGGGAUUGACAAUGGUGUAGCUGAUCACCUGUCAAGGAUGAAGAUCGAUGAUGACGUCCCUCUAGACGACAGUCUACCUGAUGAGCACGUCUACGCUGUUGAGGUGAUCGAUUACGGCUCGCUGAUGAUGGAGUUCGAUCGAGUACAUGAAGGAGAUCGAUCGAAUGGAGAUGACGGAGAUCGUGCUUUGAGCUGUAACGCCGUUAACCGUUCCAGUUUCCCAUGGUUUGGAGAGAUAGCCAAUUACCUCGCUGCUGAGCACGAACCUACUGGUUUUGUGGGGAACAAGAAGAAGAAGAGAUGUGUAGCUGAUGAGGAGAUACCUGGGAUCUUGUUCCACUGUCAUAGCUCGUCUUAUGCUGGACACUUCGCGACGUACAAGACUGUAUCCAAGGCGCUGCAAGCUGGCUACUGGUGGCCCACCAUGUUCCGAGAUGCUCACAGAUUCGUGUCUAAGUGUGAUGUGUGCCAGAGACAGGGGAACAUCAGUAAGAGAAACGAGAUGCCACAGAACUUCAUUCUGGAAGUAGAGGUUUUCGACGUGUGGGGAGUUGACUUCAUGGGACCCUUCCCAUCUUCCUAUGGAAACCUGUACAUUUUGGUGGCUGCACAUGGAGAUCCUCAAGUAUACCAACAGGGAACUUGGUCGACCUAUCAGGGAACACCAAGGAGACUUUCGUGGGUUGGAACUUUGUGUAUCCCAGUCGCUUGGCCACAGAAUACGGCAUCAGGUUCACGCUCGAGCCAAGAUCGCAAAGAGAGAACGCGAAGGUCAUAUGGCCAAUCUGCACUGACAAGACAAAUCUUCCUGGAUCGCUCCUCUUCUUGA